AUGUCCUCAAAAUAUGCUAAAAAGCGAAAGCAACUGGACGAUGACACAACAGAGAGCGGAAAACCCCGCAGAGACUCGUCAAGAUCGCCGUCACCGCCAAGAUCCAAAAAGUUUGUGUUUUUCUUGUAUUUAAAAUAAAAACUCUUUAUUUUAGAGCAGCAAAGCUGAAGGAGCCGGAAGACAAUGGAGAUCCGUACGUUUUUCUUCAAAGUUAAGUUUAAAAAUCGAUAAUUUUUGCGUUGCAGAGCCGAUUCGAUGUCAAUCGAAGAGACGAACAAGCUGCGUGCCUCGCUCGGAUUGGCUCCGUUGGAGCAAGACGAGAGCAAAGUUCGUGACGCAGAAGACGGAACGAACGAGAAGAUCUACAACGAGGACGGAUUCGAGUUUCGCCACAGGAAGGCCGACAACUGGGCGGACAAGAAGAAGGAGCAGGCUAUCAAAGAGAGAAUCGAGGUGGCGAAAGCAAAGCGCGAAGUCUAUUCGAAAGUUCUGAAAUCGAAAAAGCUGGCAGACUCUGACGAGGAGGACAGUGCUGCUAGUUUUGUCGAGAAAAUGCGGCAGAAGGAAGAGGAAGCUAAGAAGGCUGCCGAAAGAGUAAGCAUUUGUCUGGAAAUUUCGGGUUAUUCAGUUUUUCAGGCUGCUGCAUUUGAUAAACUCGACGAAGAGCUCGGAGUCAGCGCGCUAGUCGACAAGAUCAAAAAACCGAAAACGCCGAAGACGAAAGGACCGUCGGACACCGCCGGAAUGGUCAUCGGACACGGAAGAGAGGCGUUCAUCGAGGGCGAUCAGAUUCUGGUGCUUCAGGACAAGGGCGUGCUCGACGACGGCGAUGAAGUGCUCGUGAAUCCGAAUAUGCUCGACGACGAGCGUCACAAGAAGAAUGUGGAGCUCCGAAAGCGCAAAGAUCCGCGCCGCAACUUUGAUGAGGACGUCGACGAGUUCGGGAACCUGAAGAAUUUCGGAGUGCUCGCCAAAUAUGAUGAAACUCUUGAGGGAGAGCAGAAGAAACAGUUCAGACUGGACGAGACGGGCGGUGUGGAUUUGGAGGAGGAGAAAAGGGAGAUGGAGGCGUUUAGACGGAUGAAGAUGGCCGGAAAACGAUUGGAAUCGUUGGAGACGAAAAAAUACGAGUUGGCCAGCGAAUUUUACACUCAAGAUGAGAUGGUCAAGUUCCGGAAAGUCAAGAAGGGAAAGAAGGAGAAGAACACGAGGAAGAAGAAGGUUCUGAAGGCCUCCGAUCUUGUUCCGGUUGAGCCAGCUGGCGGAGGGAAAGGCAGAGACUUUGGAAGACGUCGGAGAGAUUCUGACGAUGAAAAAGUGGAGGAAAGAGUGGAAGAGAUGAAGCAGGAGGACGGCGAAGUCAAUGAGGCGGACGACGGAAAAUGGAAGAAAGCUAUGCACGGAAACGGCGUCGAUUUGAAUCGUCUUCAGAAGCUCCGAGCAAAAACGGCACGAAAUGACGACGACGACGAGGACAGCGACGAUGAUCUGAUGUUCAGUGGUGGCGUUGAUUUGACAGGAGUGGUCAUUGACGACGAUGCCGCCGACGAGCUGAAUUCCAUGCUCGCAAAGACGAGAAAAGUGAAGCAGAACGACGGAUCGAAAGCGGAAGACGACGUCGGAAAGCGAGUACAGGACAUGCUCUCGACGCACGGAGUCAAGGUGGAAGUGGACGAGGAAGAAGACGUGAAGCCGGCAGUCAGCGACGGCGCGCUCUUCAUCGACUCGACCACCGAAUACUGCCGUCACGUCGGAGAGAUCACCACUCUCGGCCUGGGCGGAAAUCGCAACGUCGACGUGUCGGAACUGAAAAAGGUGAAAGAGGAGGAGAAGGAGCAGACGGAGGGAGAGGGCUUCGAGAAGUGGAAACGAGCACAGGUGGACAAGGAGUUGCGGGAGAAGGAGCGGCGGAAGCAGGAGGAGAAGGGCGGAUGGCUCGCCGCCGGAAAACCCGUCUCUACGGUCGCCAAGAUCGACAGUGACGAUGAGGAGGUACUGGCUGAGGCCAAGAAGAGGGUUAGUUGAAGUUUCUACACAUUUUAAGACGAAAACUACCGAAUCAUUCUUCAGAAGUGGUCGGAUGACGAGGAAGAAGAGGAGGACGACGACGAGGAGGAGAAGGACGAGUAUGCGCCCGCAUUGGGCCGAGAAGUCGACGUGUCGAAGGGAGUAGGCCGAAUGCUGAAGCUGGCCGGCCAGAAGGGAUAUUUGACGAAUCCGAACGCGAAAUCGCACUCCGGACCGUCUCUGGACCAUCUGAAAAAUAAGGCGACGUGCCGUGUCGAGGCAUCCAGAUUGUACGUUUCUGAAGACACAUUUCAUUGCGAAUAUUCGUAUUUUCAGCGACAGUGACGAUCGGAAUGCGAAGAAAGCGGACCGUCUGAACUCGCAGAGUCGCGGACCGGUGAUGCCGUUCAUUGAGAAGGCCGACUACAAACCAGAAGUCAAUAUCAGUUAUGUGGACAAGAAAGGACGAGAGAUGGACUCGAAGGACGCCUACAGAGAGCUGUCUUACAAGUGAGAGACAGACUUUCUCAAUUUUAAGGAAAAUUUCCCUUUUUUCCAGAUUCCACGGUCGCAAUCCUGGUAAGAAGCAGCUGGAGAAACGCGCGAACCGCAAGGACAAAGAGGAGAGAAUGCUGAAGGUACGGCGCCGUUUCAGAUGGUAUUCGUGAUUGAAAUGAUUGAAAUUUUCCAGACGAACAGCUACGACACACCGCUGGGAACGCUGAGCAAGCAGUUGAAGAAGCAGAAGCAGCUGUCGACGCCGUACCUCGUACUCAGCGGAUCCAAUGAUCAUUCGAGUCUGAAGAAGGAGUGA